AUGAGCGACUUUAGCUCGUCGCUCAACAUGGCCGGACUGCUCUUGGUCGCAAAACAACUAGCUGAAUUUGACAUGAAAGAGAAAGCAAACGAAGAAAGGACGAAAUUAUUGUUGCGUUGCGAGAUUCGCGGAGAAGUGGAAAAUCCAAUUUCGAAUACCAGUGGCUUUUGUGAUUUCGACAUGACCGAUAUGAUCUCCAUUCUCUCGAAUCGGCCCAAUUCGACACCGAAAAACAUCUCGGAUGUCGCAUCGUCGAACUCGGCUCACUCGGAUCUGGAAAACGAUAUGAUUGAGCCCGAUUACGGGAGCGAUCUUCCUGGACCAAGUCGGCCGAAUUUUGAUGAUCUUGACGAAAAUGCUGAAUUUUGGCAAGUAAAUGAGCAAUGGGAUCAUCGUUUGGUGUACCCGGAUUAUCGUUGUCAUCAAUGCGAGGGACAUCAUUGGAUCAAGAAUUGUCCAUGGAAUUUCGGCCGAGUUGAAACCACGAAAUAUCAAGGCUCUCGUCAAAGUCAAGGAUGGUUUCGUUGCUCGUAUUGCAAGCAGAAAUGGAAGAGUCAAAAGGUCUGGGCAAAUACAUCUCAAAUUUGUCGCCGCUGCCGCAACGAGGUUUAUCCGUACAGAAUGAAGCCUCUGCUCAAAGAUUCGACUAAAAUU